AAAUUUGUUCCAAACAUAAUACCACUUACAGCAAUUAUUUUUGGAACUAUAAAUAAUCAGAUUAAUAAGAGGAAACCCGAUGAAUUUUGUUGGCCUUUACUUAAAAGAUUAACAGAAAAUUUUAUGAAUUCUCGUUGUGCUUAUAUGGAUAAAUUUGGUGUUUUUAUGAUUGAACAGUUACGUGAAGUGAGGCCAAAUCAACAUUUAUCAAUCGAAGAAGCAAAAGAAUAUUUUAAAUUAUGUGAAAGAUUAAUUAACGUAAUUGAAGAAAUCGAUGCUCGACGUGAAUAUAUGGAACAAAAAAGAAGGAAAGAAGAAGGAAUUUUAGCAGAAGAGGAAGAAUUAAAUAUAGCUGCUGUAAAAGAAGAAAAUAUUAAAAACGAAUUGGUUGAAGAAAAUGUUUUGAGUAAUGAAUUUUAUGUUGAAGAUAAGAGAUUAUUUUAG